UGCUCUUCUUGGAGCGGUGCUCACGGCGCAAUCGAUUCCCCGAGGUUUGUAGCUAGAGAUCUCUCGCAUCGCUCAGGGCUAUGGUAGCCAACGCCAACUGGUCGCAGCCAGUCCGCAGUCCUAGCGCCACAGUCACAGUGCCUGGAUCGAAAUCUCCCUCGGCUCGAAAAUCCACCGCUGCGACUUCCGAGAGCUCUCCUCGUCCUCCUCGUCCUCCUCUUCCUCCUGCGCAGCCGAUGGAUUCCUCAAACUCCGCGCCGCCUCCUUUCCUCAACAAGACUUACGACAUGGUGGAGGACCCUUCCACCGAUCCUAUCGUCUCCUGGAACCCAUCGGGGAAUGGCUUCAUUGUCUGGAAUCUCAAUGAGUUCCAACAACAGCUCCUCCCAAAGUUCUUCAAGCACAACAACUUCUCGAGCUUCGUCCGGCAGCUCAACACCUAUGGAUUUCGCAAAGUUGACCCCGACCGCUGGGAGUUUGGGAACGAAGGUUUUCUAAAAGGAAAGAAGCAGCUUCUCAAAGGCAUUCACAGGAAGAAGUCGGCCUCUCAUCAGCCACCCGCGGUCCAGCAACCGCAACCGCAGCCACAGCCGAGCUCGAAGCCGGCGUGCGUGGAAGUUGGCAAGUUCGGACUGGAAGGAGAGAUUGAGCGGCUAAAACGCGACAAGAACGUCCUGAUGUCGGAACUGGUGAGACUCCGACAGCAGCAGCAGCAGACGGACAGCGAUCUCCAGAUGAUCUUGCAGCGACUUCACGUAACCGAGCAAAGGCAGCAGCAGAUGAUCUCGUUCCUGGCCAAGGCGAUGCAAAGCCCGAGCUUUUUGGCGCAUCUAGUCCAGCAGAACGAGAGUAAGAAGAGGCUAGCCGCGAGCGCGAGAAAGAAGCGAAGGCUUCCAAAGCAGCAGGACGGCAGCGAGCAGCAGAGCGAUGGUGGCGAUGUCGUCGACGAAACUCCAUCUCCGGGGGAGGGACAGAUCGUCAAGUACCAGCCAAACAACGAUCCCAUGGCGAUGCUCAUGCAUUUCUUCAACUCUCCCGAGCAUUCGCCAUCGGCGUCAGCGGGAUCCAAGAAGCUGGACAUGGAGGUUUCCUUCCGGGACUUGGAUUUGAAUCCGGCACAGGACGGCAAAGGGCUGACGCUCACGGAGAUGCAUUCCGCCCAGAUGAUGGGAGAUCUUUUGCUGUCGUCUCCUCCUCGGGUCGAUAGCGGUGACAUGCAAAUCGCUCCAGCGUCCCCGCUGAGCUUGAUGAGAUUCGAGGCCUUGGCGGAGGAACAGCAACAGGGCGAGAGUGGCGAUGGCAGUGGUGGCGGUGGCGAGGAACAGUCCAAGGAGGAGGAUGGUGGCCUGGAUUCUUCGGGAGUUCCCGAGUUUAUGAUGGACAUCGAGUGGGAUCAGUUCCUGGCGGACGUUGCGGGGGAGGGUGGCAGCGACAACAUCGAUUUUGUGGAGGGCGAUGGAUCAAAUGCGAACCAGUGGUGGGACGAAAAUGGUGACAAGGUGAGCGAGCUCGCAGAGCAGAUAGGCCAGCUUACAUCAACUACGUAGUUGGUUUUUAUGUAGGAAAUCUUUUCAGAAUAUAGGCAGGGGCUACUCCUUUAAUUACAUUUCAGUUACAAUUUUUUACACAAAGCAUAAAUACUGAUAAUUUAGUACUAAGUUUUGAUAAUGGGACAUUCAGAUUUAGAUUAAUUUUGUAUUUA